UCCAAAGCACGGAAAUGACGAGCAUUCUGAGAACCAAUUCAGCGAGAAACGCACUGCGUUGUUUGAGGCAGUCCUCUUUGCUUCCCUCUCAACUCUCCACUGUUCGCUAUCUUCGCACUGGUCGCGAUCCUAUCUCCAGGACUUAUGAGAUUAUUCCUCCGGUGAACUGGGGGAUUCGGAUUGUGCCGGAGAAGAGAGCGUUUGUGAUUGAACGAUUCGGGAAGUACGUUAAGACUCUUCCCUCUGGCAUCCAUUUUUUGGUCCCUUUCGUUGAUCGAAUUGCUUAUGUGCAUUCGCUCAAGGAGGAGGCCAUCAGCAUUCCCGACCAAUCUGCUAUCACUAAGGAUAAUGUCACCAUACUUAUCGAUGGGGUGCUUUAUGUUAAGAUUGUGGAUCCUAAAUUGGCUUCUUAUGGGGUAGAGAAUCCCAUUUAUGCUGUCAUUCAGCUGGCACAAACGACAAUGCGUAGUGAGCUUGGUAAGAUUACUCUUGAUAAGACCUUUGAGGAAAGGGAUACACUGAAUGAAAAGAUUGUGGAGUCCAUUAAUGUGGCUGCAAAAAGUUGGGGUCUGGAGUGCCUUCGAUAUGAAAUAAGGGAUAUCUCUCCUCCGCGUGGAGUGAGAGCAGCUAUGGAGAUGCAAGCAGAAGCAGAGCGGAAAAAGAGAGCUCAAAUUCUUGAGUCUGAAGGAGAAAGACAGGCCCACAUAAACAUUGCCGAUGGAAAGAAGAGUUCAGUGAUCUUAGCCUCAGAAGCUGCAAAGAUGGAUCAAGUUAACAGAGCUCUAGGUGAGGCUGAAGCCAUCCUUGCUAAAGCAAGAGCAACAGCUGAAGGACUUGCUGUUGUGUCAAAAUCCCUAAAAGAAAAUGGAGGACCAGAGGCAGCCAGUUUAAGGAUUGCAGAGCAAUAUAUUCAAGCUUUUAGUAACAUAGCCAAGGAGGGCACAACAAUGUUGCUUCCUAGCUCUGCAUCCAAUCCUGCUAACAUGAUGGCUCAAGCCCUAACUAUGUAUAAAAGCCUGAUUGGUAAUGCUUCCAGUGAUAAUCAUAGUGGAACUACACCCCGUUCAAUAGCAGGACAGAUUGAAGGAAAUGAUUCCUCUGGCAAGGUUAAAGAUGAGAGCUCUACAGCUGCUACUAAAACUACCGGGAACCCAGAUUAUCGUGGAAAUUCUGGAUUUUCACUUCAGAGCCCCCCAAAAAGGGAAUAAUCUUUAAUUUUACUAAACUUGCCAUUCGGAUGAAUUCAUUUGUUUUUUGAUCUAUGCAUGUUACUGUGAAAUUUAAGUUUGGGGAGGGAGGGAGGCGAAAGAGUUUGUUGGACUUCUUUAUAUUUUUAGUUUCGGUAGCAUUGAUCAUAGGAUACGCCCAAUUUAUGACUAGACAAUGAAUGUCUCUUUCUUCCUAACUGGCAAAUUUGGGGAGGAAAGAAUGAAAAGAAAAGAAGAGAGAUGUUCUGCCUUCUCUCAUGUAUUUCCAUACU